CUCAGUUUCAUGUAUUGUCUCCCGAUUCUUGGCGGUAGCGGGAGGUAGUCGCAGCGGUCCUCUCUGCUGUUUGGGAGGUGGUAGGUCGCCGGGCCACCCUGAGCAUCCUCCGCCGCCUGCAGAGCGCCCAGCUGGACAGUGCGGCAUCAAUCAUGUCUGCUGACACGGCGCUUGCCGGUGUCCAGGCAGAAAUCCAUUACUACUGCCAGGAGAAGUACUUCCAUCAUGUUGAAACGGCUGCUAAUGAAGCUCUCAAGGAGUACGGUAACGAUCCGGUCUUUCUCUUUUUCCGGGCCUUCGGGAAGUUAAUGGAAGAUCAGGUGCAGGAGUCCAUCCGUGAACUGGAAGCGAUUAAGGACGUGCCAGAGGUCUCGUUAUGCUCUUACUUGGCACUGAUUUAUGCCCACAAGAAAAGUUCUCAUCCAGACCGAGAAGCUGUUCAAGAGUUGGAUAUGAAGAUGAAGGAACAUCGGAAGGUGGCAGGCCAUAAAGCACUGUACUACGCCGGUCUGUUCCUGUGGCACAUUGGACGCCAUGAUAAAGCCAGGGAAUACAUUGACAGGAUGAUAAAAAUAUCGAGUGGAAGUCGAGACGGAUUGGUUUUAAAAGCAUGGAUAGAUCUGACCUGCGGUAGAGAAGCUUAUGCUAAGAAGGCCCUGAAGUAUUUAGAGGAAGGACUCCACGACGGAAUGGACAUUUUUGCAAUGAUGGGAAAGGCUUACUAUCUUGAGUUACGACAAAAUCUUUCUGGUUCUUUGGAAUCCGUGAACAAAAUCAUAGUGAGCUAUCCAAACUUCGUUCCUGCCCUUGUUAAGAAAAUGAAGCUUCAGUUGGCUCUGCAAGACUGGGAACAGACCGUGGAGACGGCACUAAGAUUGUUGCAGAAGGACAGCCAUAAUCUAGAAGCUUUGAGGAUCCUGGCCCUUCAUUAUUUGUGCCGGGAGGGAAAUGUUCACGAGGCGACAAGUAAAUUGGGAGAUUUGAUAAAUGCUUUGGAUCGGCUUGAACCACGCAAUGCUCCGCUAUAUUAUAGCAUGUCGGUGGCUUUCAGCAGAAUGUGCGAACGAAAUCCACUUAUUCUUCAACAAGCCCAAACCUUAGUGGAACGUGCCUUUAGCUUGGCUCCCCACGAUGCCACAAUAGCCACCGAGCUAGGCUAUCUGUAUAUUUUGCAAGGAAAUGUGAAGGGUGCUUUAAAGUGGUACAAGACAGCAAUGACUCUUGACGAGAGCAGCGUUUCUGCUCUUACAGGUAUCAUUCGAUGCCAACUCCUAGAAGGGCAGUUGCAAGAUGCUGAUCAACAACUAGAAUUCCUGAUGGAAAUCCAGCAAUCUAUCGGGAAGUCUGCAGAGUUGCUGUAUUUGCGUGCCGUUCUGGCUAUGAAGAAGCACAAAAAGCAGGAAGAAGUCAUUAAUUUGCUUAAUGAUGUGCUGGACACCCACUUCUCGUCUCUGCAAGGGCUGCCGCUCAGCGUCCAGUAUUUCCAAAGGCUAAAUCCAGAUUUCCUGCUGGAAAUUAUUAGGGAAUAUCUGAAUUUUUGUCCAACUCAGCCUCCUGCGCCUGGACAGCCCAUGUCCCCAUUACUACGGCAUUGCGCCUCUGUUCUGGAAACCAUAGUGAAGGCAGCCCCGGGGCUUCAGCAGGCUGUGUAUCUGAUCGCAAAGGUGAAAUAUCUGGCAGGUGAACUUGAAUCUGCUCAAAGCAGUCUUCAACAUUUCCUUGAGCAGAACCCAUCGUAUGCCGACGCUCAUCUUCUAAUGGCUCAGGUUUACCUGUCACAGGACAAUUUAAAACUUUGUUCUCAGUCUUUGGAACUCGCUUUGAGUUAUAGUUUUGAGAUCCGGGAAUAUCCAUUGUAUAAUCUAAUAAAAGCUCAGACACAGAAAAGGAUGGGAGACAUACGAGAAGCUAUUAAGACACUGCAGAUAGCCAUGAGCUUGCCAGGAAUGAGGAGAACUGCUAGCAACUCCAAGUCAAAAGGAAAGACGUUGGAAGUCAGUGCCAGCGAUCGCGUCUCCAUAUUUCUUGAGCUUGUGGACGCUCAUCGCAUGAAUGGAGAACAGCAUGAGGCUACAAAGGUUCUGCAGGAUGCUAUCAAUGAGUUUUCAGGGACCCCGGAAGGGCUGCGUCUAAUGAUUGCCAACGCUGAGCUCGCAUUAACCCACGGUGAUGUUGAGCAUUCGUUAUCCAUGCUCAGAGACGUCUCUCCAGAACAGCCGUACUUCCUGCAAGCUAAAGAGAAAAUGGCCGACAUUUACCUUCACUACCGGAAAGAUAAGAAACUCUAUGCCAGCUGCUACAGAGAUUUGGUGGAGAAACUUCCCAGCUCACACUCCUACCUUCUUCUCGGCGAUGCGUACAUGAACAUACAAGAGCCUGAAAAAGCAAUUGACGUUUACGAGCAAGCAUUAAAAAAGAACCCCAAAGACGCAACGUUAGCAAGCAAAAUCGGAAAAGCUUUAAUUAAGACGCACAAUUACGCAAAGGCUAUUAGCUACUAUGAAGCCGCUCUGAAAAGCGGGCAACAGAACUUCCUCCGUUAUGACUUGGCUGAGCUGUUGCUGAAGCUGAAGCAGUAUGAAAAGGCAGAGAAAGUGCUGAAACAGGCAUUAGAUCAUGAGACAGUAAAUGAUCUAUCUUUUCUUAUGGAUGACAGUCGUUAUCAUGUGCUACUAGCAAAAAUCUACAGUAAAAUGGAAAAGACAGAAGACACCAUCAUGUCCUUACAGAGGGCCAGGGAGCUGCAGGCCAGAGUACUGAAGAGAGCUCAGAUGGAGCAGCCGGAUGCCGUCCCGGCACAGAAGACCCUGGCGGCUGAAAUCUGCGCAGAAAUCGCAAGACAUUCCGCAGCCCAGAGAGACUACGAGAAAGCGAUCAGAUUUUACAAAGAAGCACUGGUUUACUGCGAAACAGACGAUAAGGUAAUAUUGGAACUAGCGCACCUUUAUCUAGCACAAGAUGACAUUGAUUCCUGCCAACAGCAGUGCACACUGCUCUUAAAAAAUGAUCAAGACAACGAAGCAGCUACGAUGAUGAUGGCUGAUCUCAUGUUUCGAAAGCAAGACUACGAGCAGGCGGUGUUCCAUUUCCAACAGCUCUUGGAGCGCAAGCCAGAUAAUUACGCAACACUUUCACGCUUGAUUGACCUUUUGAGGAGGGCUGGAAAACUUGAAGAAAUACCAAAGUUCCUGGAAAUGGCAGAAAUGCAUUCUCCGAGAGCAAAGCUAGACCCGGGGUUUCAUUAUUGCAAAGGAUUGUACCUCUGGAACACCGGAGAUCCCAACGAUGCCCUUCGGCAUUUCAAUAAAGCCCGGAAAGACAGUGACUGGGGACAAAACGCUGUUUAUAACAUGAUUGAAAUCUGUUUGAAUCCAGAUAAUGAAACAGUAGGGGGAGAAGUAUUUGACAAUCUGGAUGGGGACAUGGGGAAUUCAACCGAAAAGCAAGAGUCCGUUAAACUUGCUGUACGAACAGCAGAGAAACUUCUUAAAGAACUGAAGCCACAGACUCUUCAAGGUCACAUCCAGCUACGUAUCAUGGAGAACUAUUGUUUAAUGGCAACAAAACAAAAAGCCAGUGUAGAGCGUGCCCUUAAUACAUUUACAGAGGUGGCGGCGGCAGAAAAAGACCACGUCCCUGCACUUCUGGGUAUGGCGACUGCCUAUAUGAUCUUAAAACAGACCCCAAAGGCAAGGAACCAGUUGAAACGAAUCUCGAAAAUGAAUUGGAAUCCGAUAGAUGCGGAGGAGUUUGAAAAGAGUUGGCUGCUUCUAGCGGAUAUUUACAUACAGUCUGGAAAAUACGACAUGGCGGGCGAACUCCUUAAGCGCUGCCUUAAGCACAACAGGUCUUGCUGCAAAGCGUACGAAUACACCGGCUACAUCAUGGAAAAGGAGCAAGCCUAUAAAGACGCAGCGAGCAACUACGAGCUGGCCUGGAAGUACGGGAACCAAAGCAAUCCAGCCAUGGGAUAUAAGCUGGCUUUUAAUUAUCUGAAGGCAAAGAGAUACGUUGAUGCAAUUGAUGUUUGUCACAAGGUUUUAGAACUCCACCCUAAUUAUCCAAAAAUAAGAAAAGAUAUACUUGACAAAUCGAGGGCUGCGUUAAGGACAUAGGAAGUUGUGAAUGGAAUCGGGGAGCGCUGUACAGUUAUUUAUUUUGGGAGCGGUGGGGGUUGGGGGAUAUGUCUAUCUUCUCAACAUAGUUUUAGCUAUUUUAGUAUUUGUAAUAAAGUGCUAAAUGCACAUAUACAGCGAGACAAUCAUGUAUUAAAUGUGGAACUUGAGUAGAUGUCAGCAAUAUCUGUAAAGUAAACCUCCAAAUUUAAAGUGUUUUGUCUUAUUUUCUUACUAGUAAAUAAACAGCCGCAUAAU